GCUAUCGAAUGGCAAACCCUCUGAAAAACCAAUAAGAAUGCGCAUCCAAAAGCCCUCGCAGAUGCCAAUGCCGCACUCUUUUGGAAAGAUCCAAUCUUUGAUCUUAUAUAUAAUUCUUGGAGAUACCCUUUUGGAUUAGAAAGGAAUCCAAUCAUGGGAUUUGAAGGCGAUAAGCAAGGGUGGCGGCUGACGGAGUAUCUGGAGGCUCUUCCCUUUUCAGGCAUGUUGAAUGCAGUCUCAGGCAUGGGAGGUGGCGGCCAGGUUGACCCAAUGCGGCCAACAAUGCCAACACCGCCGUCUAUGUCACCUUCUCCAUAUUCAGGGUCCUUGGUGGGGGACUUCUUUGGGCUCGAGAAGGCGCCUUCAUCACCUCCUACCCCUCAACUGCCCGUAAAGGCAGCUACGUUUCCUUGUUUGGACUAUCUUCAAUCUGGGAGGUUUGAUGAUGAAGUUCAAGGACUUUGGCUACUUAAUACUUUGCCUAAUUCAUGGAAAACUUUUCACGUUUCAUGGACCAAUGUUGCUCCUAAUGAUGUUAUGACCAUGGAAUAUGCUAAGAUUGGUGUCUUGAAUGAAGAGCUUAAAAGGGACAUGAGGCAGGAGAAGAAGAAAGAUGGUGAUAAUGAGAAUCGUGUUGUAGCUUCCAUUGAUGGAGAUCUUCUUUUUGCUAGUGAUGAAAAUGUCAUCAAUUUUGCAUCUCAUGAGACAAGUUGGGUUGUGGAUUUUGGUGCUGCAUGCCAUGUUACACUUAGAAGGGAAUUUUUCACAUCUUAUACUUUCAGUGAUUUUGGAGUAUUGAAGAUGACUGAUGAUGACCAAAUUAGGGUGAUUGGAAAGCUAGAUGAUGAUGGUUAUUGUAGUUUUUUUAAUGAUGGGCAGUGGAAACUCACUAAGGUUGGAAAAGAUGAAUCAUCAGAGUUAUGGCACAAGAGGCUUAGCCAUAUGAGUGUGAGGGGGAUAGAUUGUUUAGCCAAGAAGAAUGUGCUUUCUAGAUUAAAGGAAGUAAGGUCACAUGGUGGUGCACUUUAUUUUGUCACCUUUAUUGAUGAUUAUUCUAGGAAGCUUUGGGUUUAUCCCUUGAAGACCAAAGAUCAGGUUCUUGAUGUAUUUAAGCAAUUUCAGGCCUUGGUUGAAAGACAAACAGACAAGAAAUUAAAGUCUAUAUGUACAAACAAUGGUGGUGAAUAUUCUGGACCAUUUGAUAACUAUUGCAGGGAGCAAGGUAUUAGACAUCAGAAAGCUCCUCUCAAGACUCCUCAGUUGAAUGGCUUAGCUGAGAAGAUGAACGGAACUUUGAUGGAGAGAGUUAGAUGUUUGCUUGUUGAGGCUAAAUUGCCUAGAACUUUUUUGGCUGAAGCUUUUAAUAUAGUGGCGCAUGUUAUCAAUUUGUCUCCCACUAUUGCUUUGGACAAUGAUGUUCUUGAUAAAUUGUAUGAUCCAGUUGAAAAGAAACUAGUCAAAAGCCGUGAUGUAGUAUUCUUUGAGGACCAAACUAUUAAAGAUAUUGAUAGGGCAGAGAAGACAAGUCUUCAAAGCAAUGAGAGUUUGGUUGAUUCUAAGCUAGCUAUUGAGACUAUGGCACCAAAUGCAGUUGAAAAUCAUCUUCAAAAUGAUGAAGUCCAAGAUAACAUUCAUGAUGGUGAUCAAGUUCAAAAUGAUCAUGUAGAUGCAAAUGAUCUUGAUGCUCCUUUAAAUGAGGCAAUGAAUGAUCAACAUGAUGCUCCUGUAGAGAUCCUAAACUUAAAACUUAUCAAGAAGCCAUGGAAAUUGUCGAAAGAUAGGAAAGCUCUGAAGAAUCGAUGGGUUUAUAGGGUGAAACAUGAAGAUGGCACCUCAGUUCCAUGGUUUCAAAUGGACAAGGCUAAGGUGGUUAGUACUCAUUUAGCUAUGCACUUCAAAUUGAACAAGAAUCAAUGUCCUUCCAAUGAUGAAGAAAAGGAAGAUAUGCAAAGAAUUCCUUAUGCAUCUGCAGUGGAUAGUUUAAUGUAUGCAAUGGUUUGUGCAAGACUAGAUAUUGCUCAUGAAGUGGGUCUAGUUAGUCGUUUUCUUUCCAAUCCAAGGAGAGAACAUUGGAAUGCAGUGAAGUGGAUUAUGAGAUAUUUUCGGGCAGAGUUUAUACCAGCUGUUGAGGCUUGUAAGGAGUUGCUUUGGAUGAAGAGAUUUACUCGAGAACUUGGGUUUGCUCAAAAGAGGUAUGUGGUUUAUUGUGAUAGCCAGAGUGCUGUUCAUUUAAGCAAGAACUCUACAUUCCAUUGUAGGUCAAAGCAUAUUGAUGUGACACCUUAUUCUUCCCAUCACUUCAUGUCUACCGGUGCUCUCCUUUCCUUUUCCAUCCUGCAUCCCACCCGCGUCAUCAGGAACGAUGGAACUCGCUGCACCAACAUCAAAUACUCAAAUGUCUCCACUGAAGCCAUCGAGAUCUUGAAGCUCUUCCGCAAUUGGAAGAUGCUUCUCAUCGCUCCGGCUGCCUGGGCCAGCAAUUUCUUCUACAGCUACCAUUUCAACGACGUUAACGGCUUGAUGUUCAAUCUGAGGACCGGAGGACUGAACAAUGUGUUGUAUUAGGGUGCACAGAUGAUAGGUUCAAUCGGACUUGGACAAGUUUUGGACUUAAGUUUUGAGGCUCUACAAGAUCGUUGGAAUAGUUUACUCAGUUAAAUUUUGUUGACGAUUCCUAAUUUCUAUUACCCACAUACCACACACACUGUAUAUUAAUCCAUAGAGAAUUCAAAUGAAAAUUAAUAGUUCUG